AUGGUUUUAGUUGAGGGUCAAGUUCCGAAUUGGUCGGAACCUCCACCGCAAGCUUCGAGGUAUUUUGUUCACGUGGUAAAUGGGCUGAGCUACCACAAUUUGGAUGUGCAUUGCCAAUCGAAGGACGAUGAUUUGGGAUAUCAUUGUUUGGUUAACCAUGGAGACGAUUUCCAAUGGAACUUUAGAGAAAAUUUCUGGGGAACAACCUUGUUUUGGUGUAGAUUGGAGAAGCUGGAUGCGUAUGUCGCUUUUGAAAGCUUUUGGCCUGAGUCAAGGAACCUUUGGCUUCGUUAUAGAUGUGGGAAUCAAUUAGGAACUUGUAUUUGGACUGCUAAGGAUGAUGGAAUUUAUUUGAGAAACUUGUCUACUAAUGUUGAUGAAUUUGUUCAUAAAUGGAUCCCUAAGUAA